AAAUUUAUCUCCAAUCCCACAUGUUGGUUUCUUUGAGCAAAAGAAAACACCGACGAUACAGAGGAAGGGUUUUAUAUUAAAAUCUUCUACCCGGAGGCUUCAUCUCGCAACUCAUUGUCGUCGGAGUCAGUCGAAGAUGGCGGCUCUUCAGUAUCUUGAUUCUCUUCGUAGUAGUCAUCCGGAGCUAUCGGAUUGGUACAAUACGCUUGCCGAUCUGUACCAAAGGAAGCUAUGGCAUCAACUCACUCUGAAGCUUGAACAGUUCGUUGCUCUUGCCGUUUUCCAGGCUGGUGAUGCUCUCAUACAACUAUAUAACAAUUUCAUAACCGACUUUGAGACCAAGAUCAACCUCCUCAAACUAGCACACUUUGCAGUCAUAGUCUCCAGGCAAUACUCAGAAAAAGAAGCUGCCAUCAGUUACCUUGAUGGGGUCAUUGAGAAGCUCAGAGCCACAAAAGAGACACGUAUAGAGGAGCCAGUUCUUUACAUCAAAAUGCAAAUAGCCGUUUUUAAUCUUGAAAAAGGUGAUCAAAAGGAGUGCAAGAACCUUCUAGAAGAUGGAAAGAGCACUCUUGAUAGCAUGACUGACAUUGAUCCAUCAGUAUACGCCAAUUAUUACUGGAUGUCAUCUCAGUACCAUAAAACCCGCCAAGAGUUUGCUGAGUUUUACAAAAGUGCCCUUCUUUAUUUAGCAUACACCUCAGUAGAGUCUCUUUCAGACUCUUUUAAGCUGGAUCUUGCAUUUGAUCUAUCGCUAUCUGCAUUGCUGGGAGAGAACGUGUACAAUUUUGGGGAGCUGCUUGCACAUCCAAUUAUAAAGAGUCUGAUAGGGACAAAGGUUGAAUGGCUGUACUACAUUCUAGAAGCAUUUAACUCUGGAGAUUUAGUGAAAUAUCAAGAGUUAUGUCGUGUUCAUAGAGCUGCUCUUAGUGGUCAGCCUGCUUUGGUGGAGAAUGAAAAGAAACUUCUGGAAAAGAUUAACAUUCUCUGCUUGAUGGAAAUUAUCUUCAGUCGACCAUCGGAAGAGAGAACUAUUCCACUGAGCAUCAUUGCUGAGCGGACAAAACUUACAGUUGAAGAUGUGGAAUAUCUUCUGAUGAAGAGUCUAUCUGUUCAUCUGAUUGAGGGUAUAAUCGACCAAGUUGAUGGGACAGUUUACGUAUCGUGGGUGCAGCCAAGGGUUCUGGGAAUUGCUCAGAUUAAGUCGUUGCGUGAUCGUCUGGAUGGAUGGGUUGGGAAAGUACACACCGCGUUGCUAUCUGUGGAAGCUGAGACUCCCGAUCUAGUUGCCUCUUAGUCUUGUUCAUGUCUGUAACAAUCUCUUGAAAAAAACUAAAGAAGAGCAGUGUCAAGAGAUUAAUGUUGAGCUGACUUGUUUUGCACCACUGUGUAAUUUGGCAUCUGUUUUCAGGCGCCUCUUCUCUUCUCUUGUGUACCUUACCUUUUUUUUCUUAGAGUUCUUGAUUUAUGGGUGGAUUGGAGUUCUUUUUGGAGAUUUUA